AUGUUAGUAUUAUCAAAAUUGUGCACUUCAGGAAUAAGAAACAGAAUAACCUCAAAAUUAUUGGUAUUAAAAUUAAACACACAUACUUUCUGUAAGUUACCGUCCAAUAAUAGAAGCUUAUCUGCAAGUAUAAGAUUGUUUACAAAUACUUUGAAAAAAAAUCAAUUGACAUUUUUAAAAAAUGUAACUCGAUCAAAUCAAACUGUCGCAGUACGUUUUUCAUCAACACAAUGUAAAAAAUCUAAAAAAUUUGUUGGAUCUUGGUUAUUAUUAUGUAGCGGAAUGGUAUUUGUUGCAGUAUCACUGGGAGGUAUAACUAGACUUACUGAAUCAGGAUUAUCAAUGGUAAACUGGCGUUUUUUAGGGGAAAAAAUGCCAUUAACUAAACAGCAGUGGAUAGAAGAAUUUGAAAAAUAUCAACAGUAUCCUGAAUUUAAAAUUCUUAAUAAAGAUAUGACAUUAGAAGAUUUCAAACGAAUUUGGUGGAUGGAAUAUAUUCAUCGAAUGUGGGGAAGAUUAAUUGGAGUAACAUUUAUAGUACCAGCCUCAUAUUUUUGGCUGAAAGGAAUGCUUAGUCCAAGAAUGAAAUUAAAAGUUUUAGCAUUAGGAGGCUUAAUUGGUUUGCAAGGAUUAAUGGGCUGGUAUAUGGUUAAAUCAGGAUUAGAAGACCGUUUCGAUGGUCCUGGAGAUAUUCCUCGUGUUUCACAGUAUCGCUUGGCAGCGCAUUUAGGUUUGGCAUUAGGAAUUUAUGCUGGAUUCUUUUACAAUGCAUUGGAUUAUUUAGUACCUGCCAAAUCGAUGCCAAUUGAUUUGUUUCGAGAACAUAACAUAUCAUCAAAAAUUUCAUUACUAGCUUCAAAACUAGCUAGAUUGAAAAAUUUUGUUUAUGCUACCAAAGGGUUAAUUUUUUUAACGGCACUCUCAGGAGCUUUUGUUGCUGGCUUAGAUGCUGGAUUAAUCUAUAACAGUUUUCCGAAAAUGGCUGAUAAAUGGAUUCCAGAUGAUAUUCUUGCAUUUUAUCCUUUUUUGCGGAACUUUACAGAAAACCCAACUACUGUUCAAUUUGACCAUAGAAUUUUGGGAAUUACAACUUUAACAAUGAUCACAUUAGUAGGUUGUAUGUCAAGAAAAUUGUCUAUUCCAGGUCGUGGUUCCAAAGCAGUAGUAGCCCUGGUUGCUUUUGGUUAUUUACAAGUUUUAUUGGGCAUUACUACGUUAUUAAAUUAUGUUCCCAUUCCUUUAGCAGCGUCGCAUCAAUCUGGUAGCUUAUUACUACUCAGUUCGAUAGUUUGGCUCUGUCAUGAGUUAAAAUUUGUUCAUCGACUACCAAAGUAA